CAGCUGCUUCACAACAGAUAACAUCUUCCUGGACGACUACAAGCUGCAUGUUCGCUUUGUGUCCGAGCAUCAGUUCAGACUGCAGUACCAGCCGGUGAGUCAGUAACAGUUGUUAGCGGCGUACACAAAUAAGACAUUUAAAAGGGACAUGCUCGCUGUUUAUUUUUGAUAUAAGUGCCAUUUUGUUUCCACGUGCAGCUGCUAACGAGGCUCGGCUGCGUCACGGAGCAGCAGUUUGUAGACGUGCUUACCAAGGUAAAGAGGCGUGAGAGCGUGUGACGUGGUCUGUUUAUAAAGUCAAUUGGAUUUAGCGCAUAGAAUACUACGGAGGCCGUCUGGUGACAUAGGAGAGAAAAACAACUCCUGGCCACCAGAGAUGUGAGAACACCAUGUUUGCAAAGUAUGUGUAAAAAGGUUUCUACUUCUGGAAGCCAUAUUUGAAUUCAGAGCCAAAGAGCUAAUUUUCCAUUGGAUUAUACACUUUGAGAAAAACGUUGAACUAAUUAAGUUAAUCAGGUAAUAAAAAGGAUAUCUACCAAUAAGAACAGUCCUAACAGAUUGCGCUCAAAUUCAGUUCAGAUUUACAUUAUAAAAUGUGAGUUUUAAACAAAUUGACUCCUUACAGGGGAGGGGGGAGAGGGGGGAUCUGAUCCAGUAGUUCAGGUCAACUCUUAUUCAGUUCAACCCAGUUUAUUCCAGCUUCCAAUUCCAGGUUUCCCAGGAGGUGGACAGAAGAAGGCACACAUGUACCCAAUGCUCACUGGCUGCGUGUUGCUGUGCUUUGCUGAGACUCCACGCCUUCGCUCCUCCUCUCCUCAGGAGUCUUACCUGGCGCCGGAGCUCAAGCAGCUGGUUGCGUACUGCAGCAGCAGCAGCGACGCAUGUGAAGAAGGUCUUAGCGAACUGCUGGAGGACGUAGGAGGUGAUGAAGCGUCCGCUUCGUUGAAGAAGCAUCGGUGGAGGAAUGCGAGAAAUAAGAUAAAUUCUCCCACCUUAGCUCCAAGAGUCUAUCGUCUCCCAGUGUUUGAGAAAAGCUUCUGUGAGCAGCUGGUGGAGGAGCUGGAGCACUUUGAGCAGUCAUCAGCCCCUAAAGGAAGACCCAACACCAUGAACCACUACGGGAUUCUUCUCAACGAGUUGGGCUUUGACGAGGACUUCAUCACUCCUCUGAGGGAGCACUACCUGCAGCCUCUCGCCUCCCUGCUGUACCCGGACUGCGGCGGCCGCUGUCUGGACAGCCACAAAGCUUUUGUUGUCAAGUACGCCAUGAACGAAGACCUGGAUCUGAGCUAUCACUACGACAACGCAGAGGUCACUCUUAACGUUUCCCUGGGCAAAGAGUUCAAAGACGGAAACCUUUUCUUUGGUGACAUGAGACAGGUGUCCAUAAGUGAGACGGAGUGCACAGAGGUUGAGCACAGGGUUAGCGAGGGCCUCCUGCACAGGGGCCAACACAUGCACGGGGCCCUGCCCAUCUCCUGCGGCCAGCGUUGGAACCUCAUCGUCUGGAUGAGGGCCUCGCAGGAACGCAACCAGCUGUGUCCCAUGUGCAACAGAAAGCCGUCGCUGAUGGAGGCAGAUGGCUUUGCUGAUGGAUUUACAAAACAGUCUGAGUCUCAACAGAACGGCUCCUGUGAAUUAACGUGACAGUAUCCAGCUGCUGCCUGUCUUCUGUCACACAAAGGGACUUUAGGAACACACACACACACACACACUCACUCACCUUUUCUAUACCCUAGACCUGGCCACCCCUGGUCAGUCUCUCUAAGCUUUCUGCCGAUCUGCUGUAGUCGGUCAGUGAGAAACAGGGUGCUUCAGGAAAUCUUUUUAAAGAAUUAUUUGGACUAUUUCAAAUGGAUGAUAUUUUGUAAUGUUUUUGGCUGUCAAAUAUCUAUUAAAAAUAUCCAACGCUG